CUCCCUCUUCUUUCUUCUCCAAUAACCAAAAGUUGAAAAAAGGAGGAAAAAAAAAGAGAGCCCAUCAACUCGCUUUUAAUCCAUCGCCACCGGAUUCACAUCUACAGAUUCCUUCUCCGCCACCGCUCCGACGCCCCUACUCCGCCGUCUGGUCUGCAUCUGACUCAGCUGAGCUACAUUCACGCACUGUUCAGCAUACUCGCCGCGGCCGUGAACCUCCACUCCAACUUCCAGCCUCCGCACCUUCCUCUUCUAGCAGCUCGCACCGCCUGAGCUCGGCGUCUCCCGGCAGUGUCCGAGGCCUUUUGAAGUCGUAUCUGGUCGACCGUACCUCAGGUGGAGUCUCCGAGGGUUGCUGAAGGCGCGAUUUCUCCGAGGUUGAAAGUGAGUGGAGGUUAGGUAGGGUAGGGCUGCAUUGACUAUGAGAGAUUGAUAGUAUACUUCCUGUAAUGGGUUGGCUGAAAAAAAUAUUUGGAGGCUCCAAACACAAGAUUUCAAAAGGGCAAUGUGAUUGGACUUGCGAAGGGUACAGAGAUGAGAACCAUCCAUCUACUUCACUGGACUCAUGGUCAGAUGCUGAAGAUGUAGGCAGUGGCAUUGCAUUGUCCUUAUCAGAGGAGGACCACAGAGGAAAAAAUGUAAUUGGUAGUGAAUCAAAUUUAAAUGAAGAUGAACAACUUGCUAGAGUUCUACAGGAUAGCUUGAACAUCGAAUCUCCGCCUUGGCAGGGAAACCCAAAUUCUGGCUGGCAGGGAUAUGGACAUAACCAUGGUCAUGGGAACUACUACCCGCCUUUACCUUAUGCAACACAUUAUGGGUUUGUUAAAUCUUGUUACUUACCCUUUUUGUCCCUCAUCAUGACUAAUAACUUCCAUUUAAAAACCAUAAGUGUCCCAAAUCCAAUGGAACCUCCAUCAAUUUCCAGACUGUUUCCAUUUGUGUUGGUAAACAUGUUUUUUUCUUGGUUGCCAGUUUGUCACCACUUAGCCGAUGCAACCUUUAGUUAAUUUCACAUUUGCAUUUCAUUUCUUUUGAACGAGAGAUAAGCCGUAGACUAUGAACUAGCUCAUCACUUUUUGCUUUUGCUGAUUUUUUAAAUGUUGUAGUUAAUAAUUAUAUUUUCAUUUAGUUUAAUGUGUGCUGGUUGUAACAAUGGGAUUGGUCAUGGACGAUUCUUGAAUUGCAUGGGUACAUAUUGGCACCCAGAGUGUUUUAGAUGCCAUGCCUGCAGCCAACCAAUAUCUGAUUAUGAGUUUUCUAUGUCAGGAAAUCAUCCAUAUCACAGGGCAUGCUACAAGGUGCACUAUCAUCCGCAGUGUGAUGUUUGCAAACACUUUAUUCCUACAAAUGCAGCAGGCCUUAUUGAAUAUCGUGCACAUCCUUUUUGGUCUCAGAAGUACUGCCCUUUUCAUGAGCAUGAUGGAACACCACGCUGCUGUAGCUGUGAACGAAUGGAGGCACGAGAAACAAAAUCAGCCAUGCUUGAUGAUGGUCGGAAGCUUUGUAUGGAGUGUUUGGACUCGGCCAUUAUGGAUUCCAAUGAGUGUCAGCCACUUUAUAUUGAUAUACAAGAAUUCUAUGAAGGUCUGAACAUGAGAGUAGAGCAGAAGGUUCCUUUGCUAUUGGUUGAGCGGCAAGCAUUGAACGAAGCCAUGGAUGUUGAGAAAUAUGGGCAUCAUCAUGUACCUGAGACCAGAGGACUCUGCCUUUCUGAAGAACAAACAGUCAGCACUUCUGGAAAUCCAGCCAUUGACAUGCGAGCAGAACCAUAUAGAUUGACACGGCACUGUGAUGUGACUGCAAUUCUUAUUUUGUAUGGUCUUCCUAGGCUUUUGACGGGAUCAAUCCUUGCACAUGAGAUGAUGCACGCUUGGCUUCGACUCAGAGGUUAUAGAACUCUGAGCCAAGAUGUUGAAGAAGGGAUUUGUCAAGUGAUGGCACACAUGUGGUUGGAGUCUCAGAUUGAGUCCCUCUCAUGUCGCAACAAUAGUGGGUCGAAUUCGUCAUCAAACUACGGCGGGUAUGAAAGGAAACUCGGGGAUUUCUUCAAACACCAGAUCGAAUCUGACACCUCGCCCGUUUAUGGAAAUGGGUACAGAGCGGGCAAGAUGGCUGUUCUUAAGUACGGGUUGCAGGGCACACUUGAACAUAUUGGGAUGACCGGUACCUUUCCUUAUUGAAUGAAGCAUAAGGUGACUCAUAUUUUCUUGUUCUUUUUGUUGUCAAGUAUAUUCCCUAUGCUUUUCAAAAAAAAAUAUAUAUCCCUGUGAUUAAAAUUUUUGCCCAUUCUUAUAAGGACAUGGGCUAUAUAUCCUNGUCAAGGCAAGGCUGAGGUCAGGGUUAACAUUUUGUUCCCAUCUAUACAUGAAUGAAAAUUUCUCAUUUGG